AUGUCUGCCGGAACCCAAGGGUCAGGGGACUCAGACGAUUUUAAAUUUUUCGGACUAGGAGGAUGCAAUGAGGUUGGGAGAUCGUGCCAUAUUAUAGAGUACAAGAACAAGGUGAUUAUGUUGGACUCUGGUGUCCAUCCAGGUCUUAGUGGAAUGAACUCUUUACCAUUUUUUGACGAUUAUGAUCUAUCAAAAGUGGACAUUUUAUUAAUAAGUCAUUUCCAUUUGGAUCAUGCUGCAUCAUUGCCGUAUGUGAUGCAACAAACUAGUUUCCGUGGGCGUGUUUUUAUGACGCAUGCAACAAAAGCUAUUUAUCGAUGGUUACUUUCAGAUUUUGUUAGAGUCACUUCGCUCCUGGGCAGUGGCGAUGAAGGACGUUCCAUGAAUGGCUCCCAGAACAGUGGGACGACGUCUGCCAAUUUGUAUACAGAUGAAGACUUGAUGAGUUCCUUUGACAAGAUUGAAACUAUUGACUAUCACUCAACAAUGGAGAUCGAAGGUAUCCGUUUCACAGCUUAUCAUGCUGGUCAUGUCUUGGGCGCAUGUAUGUAUUUUGUCGAGAUUGGUGGCUUGAAAGUGCUUUUUACAGGUGACUAUUCUCGUGAGGAGGACCGUCAUUUAAAAGUUGCGGAAGUUCCUCCUACGAGACCUGAUAUCUUAAUUACAGAAUCUACUUUCGGCACUGCUACACACGAGCCAAGACUUGAGAAGGAAACCCGGAUGAUGAAAAACAUUCACUCAACUAUAUUGAAAGGCGGUAGAAUUUUGAUGCCCGUCUUUGCCUUAGGAAGAGCCCAGGAGCUUUUGUUGAUUUUGGAGGAGUACUGGUCACUCAACGAGGACAUUCAAAAUGUAAAUAUAUACUACGCCUCUAAUCUUGCUCGAAAAUGCAUGGCCGUUUACCAAACAUAUACCAGCAUUAUGAAUGAAAAGAUCAGACUAAGUGCAUCUUCCUCCGAAAAAACAAACCCUUUCCAAUUCAAGCAUAUCAAAUCUAUCAAGAGUAUUGAUAAGAUUCAGGAUAUGGGACCAUGUGUGGUCGUCGCCUCUCCUGGUAUGUUACAAAGUGGUGUCUCUAGACAGUUGCUCGAAAGGUGGGCUCCUGAUCCCAAAAAUGCUGUGAUCUUAACAGGCUAUUCUGUCGAAGGGACCAUGGCUAAAGAGUUGCUAGCUGAACCUCAUACUAUUCCUUCCAUUACCAACCCUGAGGUAAGUAUCCCACGUCGUCUUUCCAUAGACGAAAUUUCUUUUGCUGCACACGUUGACUUUCAACAAAAUGCGGGAUUCAUCGAGGAAGUUGGACCGAAGAAAAUCAUUCUUGUUCACGGAGACAGCAAUCCCAUGGGAAGACUAAAGUCUGCAUUGUUAAGUAGAUACUCCUCCAGAAAGGGGACUGAGGAAGAAGUUAAGGUAUUCAAUCCUAGAAACUGCGAAGAACUUCUCAUCGGCAUCAAAGGUGCAAAAAUUGCGAAAGUUGUCGGGAGCUUGGCUGAAGCAGAGAUUAUGCUCUUGAAAGAUGCGUUGUCCAAACAGUUGGAAGAAAAGAAAAUUCAAUUGAUAAAAGAAGAAGAUAUGAUUGAUGGUGAGGUACAAGAAAAGAAGACAGAUGAGGAAGAAAAGACUAAAGAAACUGAAAGCAAAAAGGAAGCGGCUUCACCAGAGGAGCACUACAUCAAUACUGGAGUUGCUAUAUCAGGUGUCUUGAUCUCAAAGGACUUCGACUUGAACUUAUUACAGCUUGAAGACCUUAAAGAAUUCACACAAUUGAACACUUCGGUAGUGAAAUCCAACAUAAAGGUUAAAAUCCAAGCAAAUGUUUCAUUGAUCCGUUGGCACUUGGAGCAAAUGUUUGGACACAUCAGCAUUUUACAUGACGACUCAGAACGCUGGGAGUGCCUUAUUAUGGAAAUGAUUUAUGUUUCUGUUUCAAAGACAGACUCGGCGGAAGGGAUGAAUAUUUCAGUGGAAUGGAUAAACAAUAAUGCAAUGGCAGACUCUCUUGCAGACAGUGUUGUGGCUAUUCUAUAUUCUGUCGAUUCCUCCCCAUCUUCGGUGAAACUCACAUCUAAGGGCCAUUCGCAUAGUCACAUCAAGGAGGAGCCUGAUGAAGGCAAUGUUCAGGAAGAGGAAGAGCACAAGGCACAUGCCAUUGUUGACAUAAAGAGCAGACUUCAUCGCAUAUCUACGUUGUUGAAGGCUCAAUUUGGGGAUUCUAUUACUGAAAUGAGCGAUAAGUCUGCGACGAUCACCAUUGGGAAGGCCCAAGCGAAAAUCGAUUUUCACACUUUGAAGAUAGAAUGUGGUUCCAAGGUGUUGAAAGACAGGGUUGAAAAUAUCAUAAAAAGAGGAUGCAAGUUGACCGCCCCUCUUAGCUACCAACAAAAGGCCGUUUAA